UUCUGCCAUCUCCUUCAAAUGUGCCCCGACCGCGGUCUCCAACUCAGGUCAUUGCGCCAGCACCAUCUCCCAUAGAAUUUGGGCCAUAUGCACGACCAUUUUCGAAGCGCAAUCCGUUGCUGAAAAUUGCAAUUGGCAUUUUUGGAGCUGUGGCUGGGAUUGUAGUAAUCUCUUUUGUGAUUAUCUACGGCAUUAAGAGAAGGCACUUCUCAAGUAACGCAAUGGUCUGCUGUAAAACUGGUGCAAAAAGCUUUCAAAUCAUUGAUAAGGAAUUCAUAAAGAAGUUCAGAUCAGAAGCACCAAAGCAAUAUACUUAUUCAGAUGUGAAGAAAUUGACCAACUCAUUCAAAGAAAAAGUAGGACAAGGAGGAUAUGGUGUUGUAUACAAAGGGAAGCUACCUGAUGGGCGUAUGGUGGCAGUGAAAAUCCUGAGCGCAUCUAAAGGUAAUGGAGAAGAAUUUAUCAAUGAAGUGGCUAGCAUUAGUAGAACAUCCCAUGUUAAUAUAGUCACUCUUCUAGGUUUCUGCUAUGAGAGGACUAAAAGAGCCCUAAUCUAUGAAUUCAUGCCUUAUGGAUCUCUUGAUAAGUUCAUAUAUGAUAAAGGACCUCCAAUUACAAAUCAUCACUUGGACAGCAACACCAUGUUCCGAAUUGCGGUUGGCAUUGCUCGAGGACUAGAAUAUUUGCACCGUGGAUGUAACACAAGGAUCCUACAUUUUGACAUAAAACCACAUAAUAUACUUUUGGAUGAGGAUUUGUGCCCAAAAAUCUCUGAUUUUGGCCUUGCUAAACUAUGCAAAACAAAAGAGAGUAUUGUGUAAAUGACGGGCAUGAGAGGGACUGCAGGAUAUAUUGCACCAGAAGUCUUUAAUCGGUACUUUGGUGGAGUCUCCCACAAGUCUGAUGUCCACAGCUAUGGAAUGUUGGUUUUGGAAAUGGUUGGAGCAAGAAAAGAAAUUAAUAGUGAACUCUCUCAAACCAACAAAACAUACUUUCCACAUGGGAUUUAUAACAAACUUGAACAGGGUGAGAGUUUUGUAACUUUGGGGGAUAUAACAGAGGAGGAAGAAGACACAAUAAAAAAGAUGGUAAUGGUGAGUUUAUGGUGCAUUCAAACCAAUCCUUCAGAUCGGCCAUCAAUGGGUAAGGUGAUCGAGAUGUUAGAAGGUAACCUUCAAUCCUUACAAUUUCCACCAAAGCCUGUCAUGCAUUCACCUGUGAGGUCGCCUCAAGAUUCUUCCACAAUUUCAGAGUCACAGAAUUCAACAACUGAAAUGGUUACAAUUGUGUGAUAAGAUUCAAUAAUUUUAAAUAAAUAGGUUGUGAUGAGUUGUCUACUCGAAGAGUGUUGCAAAAGUAAUCUGUUUGGAAUGGAUGGAGUCAAGUUGAGGAAGGGCUAGAAGAGUUUUGUGAACUUGAUAAUCUUGCUAGAUUUUGAGCAGCACUGAUUGGUGUAUGCAUAAUCUUGUUUACAUAAGCCGCUUCCUUUCUAUGUAUUGGAAGCGUUCCCAUUUCCUUUCUCCUCUGGACUAUAAUACUUUCUCUGAGUGAUCUUAAACCUCCUUAAUCCCCUUUGUGUUUUGGUCACGUACUUGCCCAUGAAGAAAAAAAUAAC